AUGAAAGAGACCGAAGCCAGAGCCACGCGUCAGGCGCCUUCCAUCCGAGUCCAUCACGCUGGCCACGCCGCUCAAUAUAUACUGCUCCUUAGUCGCGUCCUUCUCAGGUUGGCUGCUUACCUUCCUUGCAUGCCAUUGGAACUCAGAGAGACACAGAAUUGGCUGAGACCAGAUGGUCCAAUAUGUCUGCGCCCUGAUCCGACGCCACUAGCCACGCGUCAGGCGACUUCCAUCCGAGUCCACCACACUGGUCAUGCCGCUCAUUAUAUACUGCUCCUCAGUCGUGUCCUUCUCUGGUUGACUGCCUUCCAUUCCCGCAUGCCAUUGGAUCGCAGAGAGACACGCGAUUGGCUGAGGCCAGGUGGUCCAACAUGUCUGCGCCCUAAUCCGACGCCACACCACACCACAUCGUAUAACCGUAGGCCCCACACCGCAUCUUGUCGUUGGAAUGUCUGGAGAGCAUAA